UUGUUUAUUUUCUUGGAUCCAAACGAUUUUCAUUUAUGUUUUGACUUUUCAAUUUCCUUCGUUCUACUUUUGGUGGAAAUGGGAGAAACAAAAAUGAAGUAUGGCCCACUUCUUUCUGUUUAGUGCAUGUUAAAUUUCCUUCCUCAUCGAUGAUGAUUUCAAUUAACAAAUGUGUUGUUUUGUUUAUGUUUUACUGAUAUUUUAGCUUACCUGGUGUAUAAACGAAAAACCCAAAGAUGGUUUUUGACUUUAGUGAGUUUCACCUGAGCCAGUUCUCACCUUUUGCCAGGCAGCCGAUGGCUUUUCCUCGGUACUAUUUGCCUGUGCCUGGAGUGGAGCCUGAUGGGAUUAAGCAGGAGAAUCCAAGCGAGUUGCUGGAAGAUGAUCUCAGGAAGAUCAGAGAGGCUAAUUUCUAUCCCAACUUUCCGUAUCCACCGAUGAGGAUGAAGGAGGAAGAGGACGAGUUCAAGUCGAUGGAGAUGGAAAGGAUCGUGCCGAAGCCGAUGCCGAAGAUCGAGAUGAUGGACCCCGAGAAUCCGCACUGCAAGCGGAAACCGUUGCCGCUCGAGAAAUGCCACAUAUGUAAGAAGUACUUCCGGCGGAUGACGACGCAUUUGCAGAAACACGCGGAGAUUCAGCAACUCAACGUUAAUCACAGUCUGUCGUGUCGAUUCUGCUCGAAAGUGUUCAGUAACUUAGGUAACCUGCAGAUCCACAUGCGGACGCAUACCGGCAUGAAGCCGUACGUGUGUGAGGUGUGUUCGAAGGGAUUCGCCCAGUCUUGUAAUCUGACCAAUCACAUGCGGAUCCACACCGGGGAACGCCCAUUCAAGUGUCCUCACUGUGACCGCGCCUUCUCACAGUCCGGCAACCUGACGAACCACAUCCGUCUGCACUUCGAUCAGAAACCGUUCAAAUGCCAUUUCUGCGAUCGUGCCUUCACCCAAUCCGGAAAUCUCAACUCGCACAUCCGGAACAAUCACAAAGACGAGAACCACACGCAAUGAACAAAGUUCGCACGAAUGUCCAACAAAUAUUAACAGUUUAAUUAUUAUUAUUAUGUCUUUAUCUUCUGUCUUUAUUUCUAUUUAAUUUAACUAUUAUGUAUUAUAAUUUCGUGAUUUAGUUUGUAAGUUUAUAUAGAUAUAUAUAAAUAUGGAGAAUGCGGAGCUUACCGAUCCUCGAAGGAUUUUCUUCUUUUAAUUAAAGAGAACGUUUUAUUUGUAUA